CAUAUCACAUUGAGCUCACAACUAGGAAGUGAAAUGUGAAAAUCAGGAUGCAAACCACGCAAACAGAUCUGACACUAAAAGCGAUAUUUUAACACAUUUAAGAUGGAUGUUUCUUUGCUUGCUGUCCUGUUGGUGUGGUCAGUGCCUGUAAGUGUGGUCACUAGAUGUACUUUGUCUACAUAUUCAAAAAGAAUUUAUUGUUAUCAGGAUCACACCAAUGUUAUACCCAGUUUACCAAAGUACAAUGGGACUCUCAAUCUCCUGGCAUUUAACAGAAAAUGGAUAAUAAGAAAACUAGACAAGAAUUCAUUCAGAGACACACUAGUGAAACAACUCACCCUUGAGAACAUUGGUUUACAACACCUGUCAUGUGACACGUUUACCAACAAUAGGCGGGAGUUGACUAUUCUCAACCUUGACGACAACCUGCUGGACUAUUUUCCUGCGUGUUCCCUCAAUAACUUGAAUCACCUGAGAGAGUUGACUUUGACUAAGAACUUGAUCACAUGUAUUCCUGAACACAGUAUUCCUGCGUAUUUGGAACACCUUGACGUGUCACACAACCAAAUAUUUACAAUGAGUUCUGACAUGUCCACAGAUGUCUACAACGAGAACCCAUUGAAAACCUUCAACAUCAGAGGAAACAAACUCCACAGAAUCAGCAACAAUGAACUGCAUCAAUUUACAAGCUUAGAAAACCUUGAUGUAAGUGAGAACCGUCUAGAGUACAUUCAUCCAAGGUCGUUCGUAUCGUCUGGCAAGCACCUGCGGGAUAUCAAUCUGUCCCACAACCAGCUGAUGACAGAUGUGUGGUUCUGUCUGGAGCACUUACAACAGGUGAGAAAUCUUAACUUGUCUCACAACCAGAUAGAUCAUGUCAAUGAUAACAUGUCAUCCAGCAUGACAAACCUACAGACAUUUGACAUUUCAUACAACAUGCUUUCUGAAGUAGGACCAGCAUUUGUUAACCAACAGACUAUGCUUGUUCUGUUAUUUCAUCACAACUCUAUCACCAAUGUUGCCGAGGACAUGUUUGCCGUGGGAACCAGAUUUAUGUCCUCCUUCACCCUUGAUUUGUCCUUCAAUCUUCUGGUCAGUGUAGAUCUGCCCAUUCUAGACUGCUGGGAUUGUAGGUUUACUUUUCAUCACAACAAACUUACAAGAUUGUGCCUCUCCUCAAACCAAGACAGCACUUUCAGUUUGUUGGACGUCUCCUCCAAUGUACUACUAACAAUACCUCCAAACCUGCCUCCAUGGACCAACUUUAACGGAUCAAACAACCCAUUUUCCACAGCGAGUGUGAUGGACGUUUUGACUCAUUUCCCUAACAGGACUAUAUACAGUGUCGCCUUACAGAACACAACAUUCCUGUGUACUAACACAGAUAUCCCAGAGAUUGUGAUUCCCUCUGAUAUAACACUGAACCUGGCAGACAAUUGUGUUCCCUCUCAAUUCCUGUGUCACCUAAGAUCAAAUGUGUCCAGCCAAGUCAAUAUUAACUUGGACAGGAAUGGAAUCUUAACGCUUCACCAAUGCCCACUCAAUGUUUCUGUUGUAAAACUCUCAUUGAAGGGAAACCACUUAACAUAUCUGAAUGAAUCUUUCAUCACACAGGAAAUGCCAAAUCUAAAAUACUUAGAUCUAGCUGAAAACAAUAUGAAGUCAGUAAAUCUAUCACAACUGAGUAAAAUAGUACAUUUGAAUGCAUCUUUAAACAAUGUACAGGAACUCCCAUUCAUAGAAAUCCUUUAUCUGUAUCGGCAAACAAGAAUUCUUGAUUUUUCCUCAAGUAAUAUUUCUAGCGUAAAUAAUGUUAAUUUUGAAGGUUAUGAUAUUUAUGGGUCAUAUAUUAAUGUAGACAUUAGCAACAAUACUUUAAAACAUACUUUUCCUGUUACUUUUGCAAGGCAAACCAGGCAUUUCAGAUAUUCCACAUUUUAUUUAAAUUCAUCAGAUAAUCAAAUAGAGUCAAUCACUGAUGUUUUAGAUUUUCAGACAACUUAUGGUUUCUAUAUUUAUUCAUCCCUUUUAGUUUUUGAUUUGAGUAGAAAUAAAGUAAAAACUGUUUCAAAUAUGAUAAAAGAUUGUACGUCACGCUUGCGUUUCUCUCGGCCUAGGAUAGUUAUUAACAUAACUAAAAACAUGCUGACUGACUUCCCCAGCUGUGAUUCCCAGGAACAGAUUGAAUGUCCUGAUAUUAUUUUAGGACUGGAUUUCUCCUACAAUUUCCUUCAUGCCUUACCUCACAGUGAAACAUGUAUAAUGGAUAAACUUGUGAUGUUAAAUGUCAGUCACAAUGAUUUCACUGAGAUACCGGAACCAAUCGCCAACUCAUCAAAUCUCCUAUACCUGAUUAUGAGUGGCAAUAAGAUCACCACAAUCACACCCAAUGCUUUCAUUGGACUGCCUCUCCUCAGAGAACUUGAUUUGAGCUUUAACCAGCUUACAAUAUUUCCAGAAAGUAUAAAAAGUCUAUCAAAACUGGAAAAACUUAAUCUGGCAGGAAAUCACAUUCUGACUAUCCCAGACUCUGGAUUUUCCUUGUGGCCAUCUUUGUCUGUGGUUCAGCUCCAUGGAAACCCACUGGUCUGUUCCUGUUCCACGGCCUGGCUGAGAAACUACACCUUCACCACAGACCUUGGACAGUGUAGCUAUCCUGCAGAGCUAGAGGGGACUUCAGUAACCUGCCUGGAAAUCUCACCUUGUGAUGCAGGUGACAUGGUGUAUUCAUCGAAGGAAAAUAUACAGGCAUGUUUUGGGAAUGGACUUGUGUUUAAAAAUCAAAACCAAACCCUACAGUGGAACAUGUCAUCAAAAUAUGUACAAACCAUAUCACAAUCACUGGCCACUGUUGAAGUUUUCAGGGAAUGCAAGCUGGUAGCAAACUUUUCAGUAGUUGAUAAGGACACCUGGACACUUUCUGAUAAUGUUGAUGNCAACCCGAGUCUCAAACAUCACACAGUGCCUACAUUGGAGUGA